AUGAAAAACAAAUGGGACAUUAUGUGGAAAGACUUCAAAUAUUAUGACCGUUUAACAAGACUAGAAACGGGAAUUUCAAUUGAUCCUGUGAGAAAUAUAAUCUCAGCAUCAAAGGAAUGGUGGGAUGAGAAAAUAAAGGAAGAUAAAGAGUAUGCUAAGUUUAAGGAUAAGAAUUUGGAGGUAUAUGAGACAUAUUGCGAGGCUUUAUUUCGGGAUACCGUAGCUGUUGGAGACAAGGCUAAGGUUAUUUCAUGGCCAGUGACGACUCAUGACAGUGAUGACUCUUGUGAUGAAAUUGAAGAAAAUGAAGAGAUUCAAACGCUUCUUUUAUGUGGGCUUGCUGUCAAAGGGUUACUAUUGACUCAUAAAUCGAAAUACGUAUGUAGACGUCGUCGUUCAUCUUCGCGCACAGGAAGCAUGCUUAUCAAUGAAAUACUUAACGAUCAUGAGAGACGAUGUUAUGAACUUUUCAGAUUACAUGUCCCGGUUUUCAACAUGUUAUGUAGGGAUCUUGUUGCACAUUAUGGGUUAAAGAAAUCACGUCGUAUAUCUAUUCAAGAGUCCCUUGGUAUUUUCUUGUUGUGCUUAGCGCAUUGA